AUGAGGGCAAUGUUCCCACUAGUUACCUACAACGUUCUUGUUCGGGGCAAGAAGCAGUUGAUUUGGUGUAAUUUUACAGGCAACCAGAUUCACAUUGCUGCCAUUCUCCGUGAAUGUGGGAUUAAAGCGGCAAUCUUCCACGCAAAAUUGGAUAUGAAAGAAAGGGAACGGCUGAUACGAGAAUUUACCAGCGAAGGUGGUUGUAUGGUCUUGAUCAUCUCAGUAGCGGCAUUACUGGAACAAGCUAUUGGCCGUCUUAGACGAUUUGGACAGCUAUGGGUUGUCAUUGUUCACAUCUACGUGGUGAAGGAUAGCUGGAACAUGCGACAGAUUGCCAAGGCUGGGGAAAAGGCCAUGGCCUCUGUUAUUUGUGAUUUGAACAUGAACAUCUUCAAGAUGAGCGUUGAAAGCUCGGAUGAUGUUAACUUCUCCAACUGGGUGAUUCGUGAGGGAGUUCUCGUUCGUUUGGGGAGAUCUUGGGGGUAA